AUGACCUCGCGCAGGCUCAGCGGAUUUCGUCGGCCGAGCUUCAGAGACAGGGACGAGUCGCUUCCGACGCCCAGUGCGACUCCGUCCGGGCUGCCGACGCCGGUCGAGGGCGUGGAGAUGACGACGCCGCCGAUGUCCCGCUCGUCGUCUGCAGCCUCUUUGCCAUCAUUCUUCUCGCCCUUCACCAAACUGUCACACUCGGAGCCGCUGACACCCAAACCUCACCAGGCCAGCAAUAGCGAUGGCCAUCAGCUCGAGCGCGCUGUCUCGCGUGCCGAGUCCACCAGGUCGACGAACACCACGAACAAUAAUAAUCGGUCCACCACCGAUCUCAAGUCACCCUCCACCGGUGGCGCAUUCUCGCGCAUGACGAGCAUGAUGUCCUCGCUCGUGCUGAACCGUGACUCGACGGACGACAAGGAGCGGGGCCGGAGCGCGAGCAGCGGGCGGUACGAGAGGGGCAAGCGGUCGUCGUCCACCGCGACGGACCGGGCGCGCUCGCGUGGGCGCUCAGAGGCUGAUGCCCGCGACAUGCGCAGCCGCUCACAGUCGCCCUUCACCCUCCGUCGCUUCCGCACACGUGAGCGCUCGCCCUCCGUCGGCGCGCUCGCACAGUCCGACUAUGCCGAGAGCGACACCGACAGCAUCCGCCCGCGCGGUUCGGCCUACUUCUCCGACGAUGAGGACGGCGAUGAUGACUAUGACGAGGAUGAGGAUGCCGAGGAAGAUACGGACACGUUCGACAGCGACACCGAGCGCAAUACGGAGAGCAAUGCGCUCGCUGUGCCCGAGGAGCUGCACGAUGUCGACAUUGAACAGUACGCGGAUCCGCUUGGCGAGGGCCAGAACGUCGUUGUCCCACCCGAACCGUACUUCCCAACCACUCUCAAUCACACCACCGGCCGCAACCCUCGUCGGCGAAAGAGCACGCGCCACACCGCCGACCCGCUUCCCUUCCACACCGGUCGUCCCGUCUUCCAGCGCGAUCGAUGCACGAUCACCAUCAAGCAAGGCGACCCUGAAGCCGCACUCGUCACCCGUAAUAGGAAACGAAGACGUUACAUUGUUGCAAGCGACAUUUCGGAUGAAAGCCGAUACGCCGUUGAAUGGGCCAUCGGCACCGUACUGCGGGAUGGCGACGAGCUGCUGAUCGUCACCAUCAUCGAGAGCGAUAGCAAGACGGACCCCGCCCAGCCCAAUACAGGCGACCGAGCCGCCAAGCUGCGCUCCCAGCAGGAGCGCCAGGGCAUGGCCUACAUCCUCUGCCGCCAAGCGACGAGCCUGCUCCAGCGUACCCGGCUCAACGUUACUAUCGCCUGCGAGGCUUGGCACGCCAAACACGCGCGCCACAUGCUGUUGGAUGUCGUAGAUCACAUCGAUCCGGUCAUGCUCAUCGUCGGCUCGCGCGGUCUCGGCCAUAUCAAGGGCAUCCUCCUUGGCUCGACAUCGCACUACCUCAUCCAGAAAGCGUCCGUGCCCGUCAUGGUCGCUCGCCGCCGGCUCAAGCGUCCUCCGCGGAAGAACGCUCAUCUGGCGAAACACCGUGCGAGGGUAUCCCUUGCGGAGGCCGCCGGCGUCGAGCGUGUCACGCAGCGUGUCGAUGAGGAAGUCGCACAUAUGCGCGAUGAGAUCAAGGCAGAGGAGGAUAGAGAGACGGCCAGGAUGAAAGAUCAGGAGCGACUUCGGGAGGGCGCGGAGGAGGAAGAGGAAAACGAGGAAGAGACAGCCGCUGCUGUCUCUAUCGCGACCAAGGCCAAGGCUAGCGCGCUUAACCCAUACGAGGCGCCUCAGGCAUAG